GUUCCUAACUCCAACCAAACAACUCCUAAAAGUCAAGUUCUUUCCCCUCUCAUCAAGCGAUUUGCCUGUCUUCUUGAUUUUCCCUCUUUCUCUCCAUUAGACUCUCAAUUUUCUCGAUUUUCCCUUCUCGUAUCUUCUUGAACUGGGCACAACCCAUUUGAAUUUUCGACUUUGUAUCUGAUUUUUUGGCUUAAAAAUCGAUUCUUUGGUCAAGAACUGAAAUGGGUGUUGGAAUUUCUGUGCUUAUAGGCCUAAAGUCAGUAACUUUAUUCAUAUUAUUUGCAACUCUCAAGAAUUAUGGAUACCCAUUAUUGUCAAUACCUUGUUUGUAUGCAUCAUUGGUAUCUUUAUUGGUAGCAUUAGCUGCUAACCCUUCAAUUGAUCUUCCAAUUCUUUUGGGGAAAAACUCAGAUGGGACAUUUCCAAUUUGGUCACUUGUUAUGUUUAGUCCUUACUUGUAUUUUGUUAGGGGUUUUUCAGCUUUGAGAAGAAUGAAGAGUGGGGAACCUCCAUAUAGUGAGAUUUCUGAAGGGUUGUAUGUUGGGGGUUGGCCUUGUUCACCUGAUAAAUUGCCACCUGGUAAUCCUGCUAUUAUUGAUUGUACUUGUGAGAUGCCUAGGAUGUUGGAGUUUACUGGAAAUCAUGCAUUUUUGUGUAUUCCUACUUGGGAUACUAGGUCACCUCAGCCAGCUGAUAUAGAGGUUGCUGUUAAGUGGGCUUGUAGAAAAAGAGCUCAGAAGAUACCUGUUUUCAUCCAUUGUGCAUAUGGUCAUGGAAGGAGUGUUGCAGUCAUGUGUGCACUGUUAGUAGCUCUUGGUCUAGCAGAAGACUGGAAAAAUGCUGAGAAGUUGAUCAAAGAAAAACGGCCAUACAUACGAAUGAACGCUCUGCACCGUAAAGCUUUAGAGGAAUGGUCGAAGGAUCGUCUCUCUUCCCCAAAAGUUGGAGUUAGUUCCGUGGUUCUGUCGAGUGCUCAUGAUCGUUCCUGAUCGAUUGACGCAGUUGCAAGACCAAUUAACUAUAGAUGAUUGGCUGUUUGUCUUAACUUUUGAUUACACACUAUACUUGUUGAUUGAGAU